AACCUAAUCAAACCAACAUCCAAACUGCACUGCAAUCACCCCUAGUAGGGAGUAAUAAUAAUUAAACAUAAGGUAGCAUGUUAUUGGAACCCCUCAAAGAAAAUAUGAUGAACCAUGUUGAUGAUCACACCAAGAAUUCUUCAUCGUCUUCACUGCAAAAAAUGGAGCUUCUUCACCUAUCACCACUACAGUUACCACCACCAUACACCCAACAACCACCUUCCAGUUCCACUCCCUCCAACUAUCCACCUCUCACGUAUCUGCAAACAUCCCACCACCGUCAAAACCCUCCACGCUUCCCUCAUCAUCUCCGGCCAUCCUCCCGACACCACCCUCAUCUCUCUCUACGCCUCCUUCGGCUUCCUCCGCCACGCUCGCACUCUCUUCCACCGUCUUCCCUCACCAACCCACCACUCCUUCAAACUCAUCAUUCGUUGGCAUUUCCUCAACGACGUCCACUCCCACGUCGUUUCAUUCUACAACCUUGCGCGAACCACUCUCGGUUCCUUCAACGACCUCGUCGUUUUCUCCAUUCUGCUUAAAACAGCGUCUCAAUUACGUGAUAUUGUUCUUACUACAAAGCUUCACUGUAACAUUCUCAAAUCAAAUGCUGCUGAUAGUUUUGUUUUGACUAGUUUAGUUGAUGCUUAUUCGAAAUGUGGGAAACUAAGGGAUGCACGAAAGGUGUUUGAUGAAAUACCUGAUAGAAGUGUGGUGUCGUGGACUUCGAUGAUUGUUGCUUAUGUUCAAAAUGAAUGUGCUGAGGAAGGGUUGAUGUUGUUUAAUAGAAUGAGGGAAGGGUUUCUUGAUGGGAAUGUGUUUACUGUUGGGAGUUUGGUUACGGCGUGUACUAAAUUAGGGUGUUUGCAUCAAGGGAAAUGGGUUCAUGGGUAUGUUAUUAAGAAUGGGAUUGAGAUUAAUUCUUAUUUGGCUACUUCUCUUUUGAAUAUGUAUGUUAAAUGUGGUGAUAUUGGUGAUGCUCGUUCCGUGUUUGAUGAAUUUUCAGUUUCGACUUGUGGUGGUGGUGACGAUCUUGUUUUUUGGACGGCUAUGAUUGUCGGGUAUACUCAGAGAGGUUAUCCUCAAGCUGCGUUGGAGUUGUUUACCGAUAAGAAAUGGUAUAGGAUUUUGCCAAAUUCAGUUACUCUUGCAAGUUUGCUCUCUGCUUGUGCUCAAUUGGAAAAUAUUGUUAUGGGAAAGUUACUUCAUGUUCUGGUAGUUAAGUAUGGAUUGGAUGAUACUUCAUUGAGGAAUUCUCUUGUUGAUAUGUAUGCGAAGUGUGGACUUAUUCCUGAUGCACAUUAUGUGUUUGCAACUACGGUGGAUAAGGAUGUUGUUUCUUGGAAUUCGGUUAUUUCGGGUUAUGCACAGAGUGGAUCAGCAUAUGAAGCCCUUGAUCUCUUCAACAGGAUGAGAAUGGAAUCGUUUUUGCCAGAUGCGGUUACGGUUGUUGGUGUUCUCUCAGCUUGUGCUUCUGUUGGUGCUCAUCAAAUUGGUUUGUCCCUUCAUGGUUUUGCCUUAAAGUAUGGCUUGGUAUCCUCUAGCAUCUAUGUUGGCACUGCGCUGCUCAACUUUUAUGCAAAAUGCGGGGAUGCAACGUCAGCUCGCAUGGUGUUUGAUGGGAUGGGAGAGAAGAAUGCUGUGACGUGGGCUGCAAUGAUUGGUGGGUGUGGCAUGCAAGGUGAUGGAGUUGGAUCUCUAGCUCUCUUUAGGGAUAUGUUGAAAGAGGAACUUGUGCCUAAUGAAGUUGUCUUCACAACUCUAUUAGCGGCUUGCAGCCAUUCAGGGAUGGUUGAAGAAGGGUUAAUGAUAUUUGAUUUCAUGUGUAAGGAGUUAAAUUUUGUUCCUUCCAUGAAGCAUUAUGCAUGUAUGGUUGAUCUCUUGGCACGUGCUGGCAACCUCCAAGAGGCAUUGGAUUUUAUCGACAAAAUGCCUGUUCAACCUGGUGUUGGUGUGUUUGGAGCUUUUCUCCAUGGUUGUGGACUUCAUUCCAAUUUUGAUUUUGGAGAAGUAGCAAUUAGAAGAAUGUUGGAAUUGCACCCUGAUCAAGCUUGUUACUACGUGCUCAUCUCAAACCUGUAUGCUUCGGAUGGAAGAUGGGGCAUGGUUAAGGAGGUAAGAGAGAUGAUAAAGCAAAGAGGAUUGAACAAGGUCCCUGGUGUUAGUUUAGUGGAGAUGGACGUCAACAAUACUACACAUGUCAAUGUGGCAGUUUGAUCAUAUCUACUUUGCUCAUGAUCGUGUGUGAUCAUAAAGAAAAAUUACCUUCUUAACAAGCAGCUGGACUGGUUUUAUAAUCACCCUACCGGAGAUGUGCAUGUUCUGAAAAUGAGUCUUGUAAAGCUGGAGAUAACCGUUCAGGCAUAAGAUUCGAAGAGCUUGGCAGAAGCUGAUGGGUUCGAGGAGGUAAAGUGACCAAAAGAUCAGCAGAGUUAGUAAAUGGCCUUGUAGUAGAAGCAAGAUUGUCUAGCUCGAGAGUCAAUAAUAACUCAUUGAGCUUUCAUAUACUCGACUUGAAGACUUGACUCUAAGAGUUUACUUAAUAUAAAGAAACGUAUUAAUGAUGGACUCGUAAGAGAACAGUGGCAACAUGGACAUAAUCUGUGUUAGGGUGAUUAUGGAAGAGAUGAGGGAUAGAACGAUUCUAAGGCGAAGAGAAAGAUAAUGUUAUAAUCCAAUUUUCAUGUGGGUUAAUUUUUCUGCUCCACAGAUCUUAGCAAAUUUGUGUGUGAUCUGUGUAUAACUUUAUCCAGAUGCAAAGCUGAAAGUAGAUUGAUAUGUGAAUGCUAGUGCUAAUGGUAUCUUUGAUUUGGGCCUGUCUUUAAAACGGGGAAAUGUUGGUUGCAGAAUGGUCAUUCUCAGCAUACACUACUUUCUACAAAAACAGUAGAUUUAGCUAGUUCAAGUCACUCCUUUUUGCAUAACUACUCACAAACAUCCCAAACAGCAGGCAUAGGCGUUACAGUAAAAUAAAAUUGUUGGAAACAAAUACUUUUGACUGUAACACUUGAACUUUUCAGAUAAUACAUACAUUAUAUAGUUACAUUCAUGAUAUUUUAUUUGAAAUAGUGAAUAUAUCUAUUCAUUUAUUUA